AUGGCGUCCACGAGCACUCAAACAGCCUCCUCCUCAUCUUCGCCGUCGGAGCAUGGGUGGGAAAACGAGGUUUUCCUCAGUUUCUACGGCAAAGACACCCGCAUGGGUUUUACGGACCAUCUGUACGCCGAUUUGACACGGAAAGGCAUUAUCGCCUUUAGAGAUGAUGAAAAACUUAAACAAGGAGAGAAUAUUUCUCAAGAACUCUUGAAAGCUAUACAAGAAUCUUUGUACGCGAUUGCCGUCAUAUCAAGAAACUUCGCCUUUUCCAAAUGGUGCUUGAUGGAACUUGCCGAGAUCGUCAAAUGCAUGAGAGAAAAGAGGCUGGCAAUUUAUCCCAUAUUCUACCAUGUGGAUCCCUCCGACGUACGAAAUCAAACGGGAACUUUUGAAAAAGCUUUUUCUAUGCAUGAAGAAAGCCUAAAGGUUGACAAGGAGAAGAUGCAAACAUGGAGAGAUGCUUUGACAGUGGUGGGGAAUAUCUCUGGAUGGCACUUGCAUGAUAGCUACGAAUCACCACUUAUACAAGAAAUCACCGGGAAGAUAUUUAUUGGAUUGAAUUGUAGAUUAUCAAGUGAUUACAAGAAACUUGUUGGAAUAGACUCUAGUGUCGAGGGAAUGAUGAACUUACUUGGUAUAGGGUUGGAUGAUGUUUGCUUUAUAGGAAUUCAUGGGAUGAGUGGAAUCGGCAAGACUACUCUGGCAAGAGUCAUUUAUGAAAGAGUUUCCUGUCAAUUUAAAGCUAGGAGCUUUGUUACUUGUGGUAGAGAAGAAACUAAAAAUGGUGGUCUAGUUUACUUACAAAAACAACUUCUUUCUAAGAUCAUGGGAGAAGAAAUAAAUGUAUGGGAUGAUGGUGAUGGAAUCAAUGUGAUAAGGAAAAGACUACAUAAAAGAAAGGUUUUUGUUAUCCUUGAUGACGUGGAUUGUGAAAAACAACUAGAAGGAUUAGUAGGGAGUCAUGAUUGGUUUGGUAUAGGAAGUAGAAUCAUUAUAACAAGCAAAGAUGGUCAUUUAUUGAAAAGACAUGUGAGUGGUAUCUAUAAGGUUAAGGAGUUGAAUGACGAUGAAGCUUUGCAACUCUUUAGUUUGUCAGCUUUCAAGAAACCCCAUCCUACAGAAAAUUAUGUGGAUAUGUCCAAGUACUUCGUGAAUUAUGCUCAAGGCCUUCCUUUAGCUCUUAAAGUUUUGGGUUCCUUCUUGUUUGGUAGAACACUAAAUGCGUGGAAAAGUGCCUGGGAUCAAUUACAAGAAAAUCCUAAUAAGGAAAUUUUGGAUGUACUUCAGAUAGGUUUUGAUGGGCUGGAGUAUUUGCAGAAAAAGUUAUUCUUGGAUAUCGCAUGUUUCUUUGAAGGAGAGAAGCUUGAUACCAAAUUAAUGGAUGUAUUAGAAAGUUUCGGUUACUAUCCAGUCAUCAACCUUGAUGUUCUCAUGGACAAGUCCCUCAUAACCAUCUCAUAUGGGAGGUUGUCGAUGCAUGAUUUGCUACAAAAAAUGGGUCGGGAAAUAGUUCGUCGUGAGUGCCCCGAAGAUCCUGGUCAACGUACUAGAUUGUGGUGUUACGAGGACAUCCUUCGUGUAUUAAAGAGUAAAAACGGAAAUGAACCGGUCGAAGGCAUAGUCCUAAAGUUACCUUUUCAAAAGAGUGAAAAAUUGAGAGCAGAAGCCCUCUCAAAGAUGACAAAGUUGAGGAUUCUUAAGAUUGACCAUUACUGCUUUGAUGGUAACUCAUCAGCAAUUGAAUGGAAUGGAGAUCCUUUAAAAUCCUUGUCAUCCAAUGAGUUGCGAGUCAUAGAAUUAGUUCGGCAUCCUUUGAAAUCCUUUCUGAGCAAUUUCCAAUCUGAUAAUCUGAUUGAUCUCAGCAUGCGUCACAGCCAAGUUAAACAACUAUGGAAGGGAUCUAAGAGUUUGGGAAGCUUGAAACGCAUUGACCUGAGCUGGUCCAAAAACCUGAUCGAGACACCAGAUUUCAGCGGAACCCCAAAUCUUGAGACAGUAAACUUUUCAGAGUGUAGAAGUUUGUCUAAGGUCCACCCAUCCAUUGGAGUUCUCAAACGGCUUAAAUUGCUGGAUUUAAAUUCCUGCAGACGUCUUAGAAGCCUUCCAGACAAAAUCAAUUUGCAAUCUCUUGAAAAAAUUUCUCUUUUUUAUUGUUCAAGACUCGAGAAGUUUCCAGAUAUUGUGGGAGAUAUGACAUCUUUGCAGGAAGUUAGUUUGGGUUGUACUGCCAUAAAAGAAUUGCCGUUAUCAUUUAAGAAUUUAUCCGGCAUUUCUAAAGGAUUGUUUUUAAGAGGCUGCAAAAACCUUUCGAUUUUCCAGAGUGUUAUAUAUAGUUUGUCAUCUCUUAUAGAACUGGAUUUAUGUGACUGCCGAAGACUAGAGAAAUUUCCAGACUUGAGUAGCAUGGAAUGUCUGAAAUUGCUUGCAUUGGAGAAAACUGCUAUAACACAAUUGCCAUCCCCCAGUCUACGUCCAAAAAACAUCAAAGAAUUACACCUUAGUGGAUUCCAAGGUUUGCCACCUAAAUCAAGAGAUUCACGCUUCCAUCUUUACCCGUCAAAAAAAAGCUCAGAUCCCAUCCGUGUCUCUUAUUUAUCAUAUUGCAGUACAGAAUGCUAUUCACAUGCCAUUUAUGUUGAAUAUAAAGGUGAAGGCGACAGUAUAUUGCAUGGACUAGGAAUUUAUUUGCGGGCUAUAGGCAAUCCAUUGAUGUAUGACUAUGAUAUUCUAUAUGGCUGGUCGUUGGUACAUGGAAUCCCAAAGUGGUUUGACAAUAGAAGUCCUGGUUCCUCUGUAAAACUUGAGUUGCACAAUAGUAAGUGGAAGGGAUGUGCUUUGUUUAUUCUUUAUGAAGUCCAUGACCAGACAGAGAAUUCGAAUUAUAGGAUUUUUGAUUGUGAUUUUGGUCCAUACAUCUGGUUUUGGUUUAGUUUUGAAACCGAUGAAGAUCCUGUAAAAAGUUCCGUUUCCAUUCGAGGCCCUCAAGUUUCUUUUGUUGGGGCGAUUGGGUUUUGGGUGUACAUAUCAGCUCAGUGGUUUUCGGAACGAUGGAAUAAUUUGGAUGGAUGGAGCUACAUUGAAACUUCGAUUACAACACAAAACGUUAAUCGUGGUUGGAGUGGCGAGAUUGAGAUGAAAGAGUGCGGGGUGCGUCUUAUAUAUCCGCAUGAUGCUUCACAAACGUUCUACAAUAGCAUUGUUCCUCUUGGUUUCGAAUUAGAAUUCGUGGAAAGGGGUAGCUGUGGCGUGGAGCCCCUCAAUAUCAUUGACCUUGUCAAGGAAAUUUAA